AUGCCGCUGAUUACCUUGCCAUACAUUUCGGUACAACCAGACUGGGAUCAAGUUGUAAGAGAUGUCAGUACAAAUACUACACCUUCUGAACAAUUUUGGGUGUCAUGCUACGAGACAGGCAAACAAUCAGUACACGCCAAGGUUGCUGUGGAAAAGUCAAGUAGUCCUUCCAAACCACAGCUAAAGGGUAUAGAAGGUGUAGAAGUCAAACCUAUAAAUUCUAUAUCAUUCAGUCUAAGCUGCCCAUCUUAUUCGUUAAAAGACAUCUUGAUUGUUGGACCUAAGCACAAGCUUAGUCCUUUCCAAGGAAAAGAGUUGGGUUGUAUUAAUGUAUCUCCUAAUGGGGACUUAUAUGCAGCAAGCUCUGGUAAAGAUAUAUCAAUUGGAAAAUUAAAUAAUGAACAAGCAGUGCGAACUCUGGAAGGGCAUCUUGAUGAUGUUACUGUAGUUCAAUUCUUUCCUAGCAAUCAAGCAGUUUUGUUGAGUGGAGCAUCUGAUUUCCAAGUAAAAAUCUGGUCUGUAUUGGAUGGCAGCAACCCAGUAACUCUUAAAGGACAUACCUCAGCCAUCACGGAUCUUGAUAUUGUGGGUCGAGGAAAGAAUGUUCUGUCAUCUUCGCGUGAUGGUACAGUACGCUUGUGGCAUUGUGGUACUGGAACAACUAUUGCAGUCUUGGGUGAUUACGGUACCAUCGUCAAUAAGAUUAGCGUAGUGGCUUUGCCAGCCAAGUACAUGUCGGUAGUUGUUGAGGGCACAGAUGAAAAAGAGAGUGAGACUGCAGAUAAGCUGGUAUUAGUUGGUUUGAGCGAUGGUACAGUCCGCGGUAUUCACUUAGGAACAAAGGAAGAAUUGUUCUCUACAUUACCCAAAGAUUCUGCUAUUACAGCGAUUGCCUUUGAUGAUAAUACCUCUACAUUGUGUACGGGUGAUUUGCAUGGCGUUGUAGAAGUAUUUUCUUUGUCUGAUACUAGUAAACCUUUGGUCCAUUGGAAGCGCAAUGACCAUUCAGUUACUGCCUUGACAACAAGAUUAAAUGAAAAUGGUGACCGAGUAUUAUGCGUUUCAAAUGCGGACGGAAGUGUGUACCAAACAAACUCUUUUGAAUUAGUAUUAAAACAAGGCUCUGUAGCCUUGGAAGUAGAAUAUACCGGAAAUGAAUUGGAGCCUGUGCGAAGCAUGGUUAUUCUUCCCAGUACAGAAACAAUUGGAUUCAAUCGUAUUGUUUGUGGUGUUCGUGAUGGAAGCAUUAACAUUUAUUAA